GAUAUGACGCUUUCUUUCUUCCUUAGAGUGCAGGCGAUAUUAAGCUACUAGGUUCGCGAUGUCAGGUGUUGAAGAAACUUCAAAUAAUUUGUUAGAUACUAAAGAAGAAAAAGAGUUUGAUGUAGAGCCUGUGGACCACCCAGGGGACGAUUAUUUUGUUGACCCGACUCGAUAUAUAUUUUACAGAGACAGAAAGGAGUGGGCUGACGUGGAGCCUGUUCCUCAGGAUGAUGGACCGAAUCCUGUAGUGAAGAUCGCCUACUCUGAAAAGUUCUCAGAUGUUUAUGAUUAUUUCCGUGCCCUCCUGAAGAAUGAUGAAAGAAGCGAGCGGGCUUUCGCCUUGACAGCAGAUGCGAUUGAGCUGAAUGCUGCCAAUUACACAGUGUGGCACUACAGGCGAGUACUACUGCAAGCCCUGUCGAAGGACCUGAGGGAGGAGAUGAGGUACAUUACUGCGAUCAUUGAAGAGCAACCCAAAAACUACCAAGUCUGGCAUCACAGACGCAUGGUGGUAGAGUGGUUGAAUGACCCUUCAGAAGAACUGGAGUUCAUUGCAGACAUUCUCAGCCAAGAUGCAAAGAACUACCAUGCCUGGCAGCACAGACAGUGGGUCAUACAGGAGUACAAACUGUGGGACAAUGAGCUGGAGUUUGUGGAGAAUCUCUUGGAAGAUGAUGUGAGGAAUAACUCUGCGUGGAACCAGAGGCAUUUUGUAAUUUCUCACACUACAGGCUUCUCUGAUCCAGCCAUAGUGGAGAGAGAGAUUCAGUAUUGUCUGAACCAGAUCAGGAAAGCUUCCCACAAUGAAAGUGCGUGGAACUAUUUGAAAGGGAUGCUGCAAGACAGAGGUCUGUCGUCUCAGCCGGGCCUGCUGGAGAGCAUCUUGGAGCUGAAGGAGACGCACUGUUCACCUUACCUUCUAGCAUUUCUGUUUGAUUGCUAUGAAGAUGCUUUGGAGAACAGCAACCAGAAGGAAGAUGCUGGGGAAGAGGAACAGAAGGAAACUUUAAGAAAGGCUCUAGAAAUUUGUGAACUUCUGGCACAGGAGAAGGACACCAUCCGUAAGGAGUACUGGCUGUUUUUGGGACGUUCUUUAAAGAGCAAAUUUGGAAGCGGUGACCCCACCGAUGAACCCCCAGAACCAGCUUCUGGGCAGCAGGAUAUGAGCUAGGCCACCAGGGAGACUUGCACCAUUUCCACUCCUAUCCUGCUUCAUCAGUACUGCUGGCCGAACCAACCCAGGCUAAUAAUGCAUGAAAAUGAAAGUUUCUUAAAUUGGUCACUGAUAUGAGAUCACCUAAGGAAUUGGGGCAAAAUCAAACAAAUACUCAGCAAAAAUACAUGGAAAUCUCCCUCUUAUUAAAGUGUGGUAACAUUUGUGUCAGAAAAUCAAUGCUUUAGUUCAAACAUUGUAGACUACAUGUCAGCUGUCUGUCAUAUGUUCUACCUUUGUUUGAAUCUCAGUCUUUCUGUAUCCUGAACCCGUUAAAUCUGUGUUUGACAGUCCCUAUGGCAUGCAUACUGAUAAACCUCUGUGAGUGUGUUUGCAUGCACACGUAAUUCAGUUUAACAUCUCAUUGAUGGCAGGUACACAUCUGGUCUGUAUUAACAGGAGAAGUCUCAUAUGUUUAUCUUAUUUCUUUGUGUUGCUUUACUGUAUAUUUUACAAGUUUUUUGGCAACUUUUUGAAGCAAGUAGUAGUUUUGAAUAGACAUUCACUAGUGACUUGUGUGCAUGUAAAUUCACUCUUCAUGUAAACCCUGGAACAUUUCUUGAUUUUAUUUUGGUGUUGUCAGUCAGAAUACAUUUAAUUGCGUUGUCAUGGAGGGAAAAAUGUCCCAUGAAACAUAAAAAUAAAACAGUUUGUAGUAAUACUGAGAGUAGCCUGUAAAAAUAUUUAGCAGUGGCAAUAAAGCAGAUGAAAUGCAGUGAUAUGUUGCUGCAUUCUGAUCAAUUACUUGCCUAA